ACCGUGUCGGCGCCGGUCAACAUCGCCUGCAUCAAGUGCGGGCGAGACACCAAGCCCGUCUUGCCGAUCAACUCUUCACUCUCGGUCCCAUUGGACCAGGACCAUCUCAGGUCAACGACCACCUCCCGCGCAGACCGCUCGUUCGAAAAGGACAGGCUUUGGCUCAACGGCACGGAGGAGGAGAUCAGGGCGGACGGGCGCCUCGCGAUCUGCAUGGCUCGCGAAAGAGCC